CGGGGGUGGUUGGUGGUGGCGAGAGGCGGUAGUCGCAGGAGCAGCAGUGAGGAGCGUCUUUGGGCUUAACGAGCUGUUCCUCUCCCCAAUGUGUUUGUAGCAGCAGAGCGGGCGGCAGCGCAAUGGCUUCGAGCAGCGGCACCGACGUGAUUCAGGUCACCAACGUCUCCCCCAGCGCCAGCUCCGAGCAGAUGCGGACGCUCUUCGGUUUCCUCGGGAAAAUCGAGGAGCUGCGCCUCUUUCCUCCCGAUGACUCUCCCUUGCCUGUGUCAUCCCGUGUCUGUUUUGUAAAGUUCCAUGAUCCGGACUCCGCGGUUGUGGCCCAGCACCUGACAAACACUGUUUUCGUUGACAGAGCCUUGAUAGUCGUACCCUAUGCAGAAGGAGUUAUUCCUGAUGAGACUAAGGCUUUGUCUCUCUUGGCACCAGCUAAUGCUGUGGCAGGUCUGCUGCCUGGAGGUGGACUCCUGCCCACUCCCAACCCUCUUUCUCAGAUUGGUGCUGUUCCUUUAGCUGCUUUAGGAGCUCCUGCUCUUGAUCCUGCCCUAGCUGCUCUGGGGCUUCCUGGAGCAAACCUAAACUCUCAGUCUCUUGCAGCAGAUCAGCUACUAAAACUGAUGAGCACAGUGGAUCCAAAGUUGAACCACGUAGCUGCAGGUCUUGUCUCACCCAGCCUGAAGUCAGAUACCUCCAGCAAAGAAAUAGAGGAAGCUAUGAAAAGAGUCCGAGAAGCACAGUCGUUAAUUUCUGCUGCUAUAGAGCCAGACAAAAAAGAUGAAAAACGAAGACAUUCAAGGUCCAGGUCACGGUCAAGGAGGAGGAGGACACCUUCUUCAUCUAGACACAGACGCUCCAGAAGCAGAUCAAGGAGAAGAUCCCAUUCAAAGUCAAGAAGCAGGAGGCGAUCUAAAAGUCCAAGGCGAAGAAGAUCUCAUUCCAGAGAGAGAAGCAGGAGGUCGAGGAGCACAUCCAAAACCAGGGACAAAAAGAAGGAAGAGAAAGAAAAGAAACGUUCCAAAACUCCUCCCAAGAGCUACAGCACAACCCGGCGGUCGAGAAGCACAAGCAGAGAACGCCGCCGCCGAAGAAGCAGGAGUGGAUCCCGAUCACCUAAAAAGCCCAGAUCUCCUAAAAGGAAAAUGUCCAGGUCCCCAUCUCCAAGAAGGCAUAAAAAGGAGAAGAAGAAGGACAAAGACAAGGAGAGGAGUAGAGAUGAGAGGGAGCGGUCAACCAGCAAGAAGAAGAAAAGCAAAGACAAGGAGAAGGAGCGGGAGCGGAAGUCGGAGAGUGACAAGGAUGUGAAAGUCACCAGGGAUUACGAUGAAGAGGAGCAGGGCUACGACAGCGAGAAGGAGAAGAAGGAGGAGAAGAAUACAGCAGAUUCCUCCUCCCCCAAAGGCAAGGAGUCGGCAGCUGAGAAAGGCAGCGGAGAUGCCAGCCGGGAGUCCAAGGUCAACGGUGACGACCAUCAUGAGGAGGACAUGGACAUGAGUGACUGAGGCGUGGCCGGGUGCGCGGCGCUGUCAUCCCUGUGUGGCUCUUUUUACGCUCUCCUUCUUAAUCCUAACUUCUAGAUGUCUCCAGCUCCCAGCUAGCCAUGGUUUGUACCUCUCCUGAUACUAACUUCACACCCGACAAAAGCUUUAGAAGAGAAGGUGACCAACCCCUGGCCACGGUCACAUUUGAGCCCAGCGGUUUACCACCAAACUUUGGGGUGCUGCUUGGAGCAGAAGUCAAGCAGCUGCAUGUGUCUCCAGCAGGCAUGGACUUGUGUGUGUGUGAUCUCCUGUAGUCAAUCAGCGCUCACCCGCCGUAGUGUCCCCGAGACUUUGGAUCCCUCAGCUCUAGAGCAGUGUAGGGAAUGCACUGACUGCAUGUUGAUCCGGCAGAGAUGGCCUCCCUCUGCCCCACUCCUGCCACACCACACAUCUGCCUCAAGGCCCUUGGUGGGGCUGCUUCAAGGGUGGGGUCUGCUCUUAACUAAGGGCCUUGGUGGGUCUGCUGUAAGGGUGGAUCUGCUUCAAGCAUCUUGGUGGUUCUGCUUUAAGGGUCUUAAGUGUGGCUACACAAAUGCCUGCACCUGAAGCUACUCGUUCAGCUAGAGAUAGAUUUGAGGUUUUGUUUCUGUUCUUUUCAUUUUUGAAGCCCCGUGGCUGGGGUUGGUUUGGGUUUGGUUUUGGUUUUUUAACUUCCUCCUUCAGGUGGGUUUGGCUUUGAAGACAGUUCCAAUGCACUGACCUUUUUGAGGGCUUUUGGUGAUCAUUUGAUCUAAACCCACCUCAGGCAGGCUGAGAUGGUUCAUCAUCACUUCCCAUCAUCUUUAGCCUGGAAACCUCCACCUCAGCAGUGCCCAGUGAUGAAAGGUUGUGUCCCGUCACCCUGGUCCUCUGAUGUGUUGAGGACGUGGUACCCCACACACAAACACACACACCUUGCAGAAGAGCAGUGCGUUUGAAAUCCACCCUCCUGAGCUUCUCAAAGCCAGGCUACUUGAUCCCACCUCCGUUUGACUUGAUCUCAAGUUGUCCAAGCCAGUCAGUUGGUGUCUCCUGUACCUUGAUGCACACGGUGAUUCCAUGUUCUCUGCAGUAGGUUAGGCAAAGCUGUCCCCUUAGUUACCGGAGUUCAAGAAGCUUUUUUUGACUUUUGUGCAGGUAAAGACAAAAAGAGACAGAAGUAGGCUGCAGUCUGUGCCAUGUCCAUGUACAGUUUCAGAAAUUGUUUUACAGAACUUUGAUAAUAAAACCCCUGAAACUCA